AUGGAAGACCUACCAACAGAGCUCGUAGAUCAUCUUUGUUACUUCAUUGAUCGAUCCUCUCUGAAGCAUUUCCGUCUUCUUUGCAAGGCAUAUGCUCAUGUCGCCGAGAAGCACCUCUUUCACAACUUCGAGUUCCGGCUAUAUCCAAGCCACCAUCGAUUGUAUCAGCUUGAGAAACUUGCUUCAAACAAAUCUAUUGCGCCAUAUCUGAAAUGUAUCUCUUUCCAGUCUGGCGUUCAACUAGAAUAUGCAGAUUACCGAUACUGGCAGGCGCAGAUAUAUCACGAGCUCAAUAGUGCAUGGUCUAGGAGCCUUGCCUCUGAGGAGCCAUCAAAGUUAGACUACACCAAAUUCCACGAGAAUCUUCAGGCAAGGUUCGCUCCAGAUUUUCCUGUUCGCUAUGAUUUAUAUCGGUGGCAUCUUGACCAGCAAGCUGCUGCUAUGGCUGAUCCACGGGUUCAAGAGAGCUUAAUCCGGACGUUCAAUUCUCUCAGCAACUCAAAUUCUAACAUUUGUUUCAAAGUGAUUAUGGCAGAACCUCAAAUUCGACUGGAAGAGCUUGAAGCAUUUAAUCACGAAGAGUAUCAGACCGACCGCCCCUACGAUUUGGAUUAUCGCCGAAGAAUUUCCAACAGGAGGCAACAUUGCAUGACUCACUUUAUCAAUUUCCUUGAAGCUGCGCGACUAUCUCGAUGUCCUUUGACCGUCCUCGAGGCCGUGGACAUGCCACACGAACUAUUGACUAGACUUCAUGCCAACGGGCAACAGGUCUUAGAAGACAUUUUUCGACAUUUGAGCAAUCUCAGCCUUAGGAUCAGCAGCCUCCCACACAGUGACUGGCUCUCGCGAAGUGACACCGGAGAUCAGAUCACCAAUAACGUUAGGCAUCUUUGGCCGUGCAAGCUGACGAGGCUGCUGAACAAUUCCCCAGAGCUUAGGGACCUCCAUAUCGACCUUCCUAUUGGCAAGGAGGCAGAAUACUCGUUUGACCUGUUCGACAGGACGAACAUCGAUCAAUUCCCACGCCUCUGGGUCUCUCGCCUGAAAUCUCUGUCAUUGUCUCGAUUUAGCUGUCGAUGGGGAGACCUAAAGGCCCUCCUUCAUGAGGGCGUAGACAUCCAUGCACUGGCACUGAGAGAUUGUCGGAUGGAAACCUAUUCAAUGGUUGACGUGCUCGAUUAUCUUGCAAAGCGGCAUUUUCACAGUGUUUCGAUACUUGGAACAUGGUAUGUCGACCACGACGAGGGGGAGUGGCAUUGGCAUACGGAAGACGAUUUCACUGCCUGUAAAGCCGCGACCUCGUAUGAAGGGCCUUACACCCAGACAGGUAUGAGGUCAAGACUUGAGUGUUACAUGCACUCCGGGGGCGAAUGUCCCUUACCUGCUUGGACGGCGACCAAUCGAGCAGAGGAUAUCUGGGAGAUGCUCGGCGAUACGUCGUUUCAUUAUCUGCCAGGACCUCCUCAACAGUGA